GCAUCGGGGCGGCGCGAUUUAUAGAGCACGAAGACAGAGGUGUCGCGAGUGAUAUAAUCCAUAUUUCCGCACGCAGAGGAAUAACGACCUGCAAGGUCGGCUCGGCGGCAGGUGGCGAAGGAAGGGAGGACCGCGCCAGCAUGCGGCUCGAGUGCAAUCCUAGCCAAACACAGUUCGCCGUCGACAUUCCUCCUGAGUGUUGCUGCACCAACAACAACUCGUCCAAUUUCAGAGCGCCACCUGAAUGAAUAACGAUGGCGAGUGCCAGAGAAAUUUGGUGCACUCUUCUGAUCGCGUUUUGCUCGUCGGCGGCAACGGUGAUCGCGACUUCGGAGCUCUUCAUGGACUGGGAAGGUCAGCGCUUGCUCAGCAUUUCGUCCGAGCGCUGCCAGGUUUUCGUCGACAGCAAUGAAAUUUCAUACAUGACGCAACGCAACUCUAUUCAACACAUUGGCCAGCAAGAGAUGGGAUACAUGAUUAAAGCGUGCAGCAUGAUGGACAGACCCAUUCAAAAUCGACCUGCUCUUUUUGUCUAUCCAGGCACUAAAUGGUGCGGAUCGGGAAGUACGGCGUCAUCUUUCAGCGAGCUCGGUUCUCUAUUCAACGAGGACCGGUGCUGCCGAGAACACGACUUUUGCCCGGCAAGUCUGCGGUCAGGGCAGUGCAGAAAUGGACUCUGCAAUACUUCGCCGUUCACAAGAUCUCAUUGCGAGUGCGACGUGCAGUUUCGGCGGUGCUUGCAAUCAGUCGGAUCGGCCGCAAGUCACGCGCUGGGCGCGCUUUACUUCAACAUAGCAAGGGUGCCGUGCUUCAGCGCGGUUCGUCAACCAACAAGGGUUGCCCGCCUAGGGUUUGACACUGGAUGCGACAAUCCUUACUCGCAAUGCUUGGGCCCACCAAGGCGAGAGACGCAACCCACUUAUCGCUAUCACUCACUCGCGCCAUACUCAUUCCCUGGAUUUGGCUCUCCAUUCAGCCAGGUCUCGGCUCAUCCAUACUCGGCCGGGCCAAACAGGAUCUCAAACGUCUUGUUUGGAGUGUUUAGACUUUUCGGAGUCGUCUAAUUUCAAUCGCUUUACAAUUCCAUCAUCAAGACGAAAGUGCAAAUCCUGAACAUUUAUAAUUUAUUCUGCCCAUUUUAGUCAUCUAGUCAGAGAAACGGUAAAAUGGAAACUUUCAUACUUAACUUCAAUUACUUAAAAAGGUACCUGCGUGUAACCGCUCUACUUAUGUUUUGUGAUACCGAUGGGUUUUUUUAAUAAAUACUUUCAUUCGCUUUGCGUAUUAAAUCGC